UCUGUCCUUAUUUAUUUAGUGUCUGAUACGUGGAGGGCCUGCUAUAGUGGCUGGCCACUGGGGUCCUCCUGCGUCGCACGUGUGUUGCACUCCCCGGCGAGGCCCAUCCCAAUUUGAUUAUUUUUGUUAUAGAUAUAUUUUUAAUUUGAUUUUUUUGUUAUAAAUAUAUUUUUAAAUGAAAUAAAUAAGAAAGGUUUUCGAUUUAUUAAGGGAUAACUCAUAUAAUUUUUUGAUGUCGUAAUAAAUAGGAUGUAUCAUAACUGAUUGAAUUUGUGGGCCAAGGGCCAGUUUGAUAUCGUCGUUCGUGGGCCGGGGAAGCACUAAUGGGUGGAAGGAUCCAUGGGCCCCCAUGUGGGACCCGCUGGCUCGAGGCGCAUGUGCUUGCGAUAUAAUGACCAUCCGCGACCUCCGUCUUCGAUUCCAUCUCCUUCGCAGUCGUGAGGACCCCUCUCUCUCUCUCUCUCUCUCUCUCUCUCUCUCUCUCUUGCUUCCCCUCGAUCGAGGCGGCGCGACGAUGAGAUCGCCGAAGCAGGGGAUGGAGGAUGACCUCCACCACCGCGCUACUCCGACGGCUGCGGCGGGGAGGCGGAAGGGCAGCGUGAACCGGGAGUGGCUGGUGGUGUCGGACUCCGGCAGGUCGUACCACGAGGAGGUGGGGAAGCACUCCAUCAUGCGGCGGACGGGGCUCCCAGCCCGCGACCUGCGGGUCCUCGAUCCUCUCCUCUCCUACCCGUCCACCAUCCUCGGCAGGGAGAGGGCCAUCGUCAUCAAUCUGGAGCAUAUCAAGGCCAUCAUCACCGCCACCGAGGUCCUCGUGCCCAACUCAAAGGACCCCUUGGUCGCCCCUUUUGUUCAGGAUCUCCAGUCCCGGGUCGCCGGUUCCUUCGGCGCCCCUCAGCAUGAGGCUGCAGAGACUAGUGAUUUGGAUGAGGAGGCUAUAAGAAGGUCUCCAUCAUGCUGGCCCUCGUUUCCUAGUCAAGGCAUGACAGCAACACAUGGAGCCGAUAUAUCUAAACACAAUGGUUCCUUGACUGGUGAUCUGCCAGAAGGCGGCCAUAGUCCUGGAUUAGACGUCAACGGCGAUGGGAGCACCAAGGUGCUCCCUUUUGAGUUCAGAGCACUUGAAGUCUGUCUUGAGUCUGCCUGCCGGUGCCUUGAGUCAGAGACACUAACCUUGGAACAAGAGGCAUAUCCAGCUUUAGAUGAAUUGACUUCAAAAAUCAGCACACUUAACCUUGAGCGUGUCAGGCAAAUCAAGAGUCGCUUGGUGGCAAUAUCUGGACGUGUGCAGAAGGUGAGGGAUGAACUUGAACAUUUACUGGAUGAUGACAUGGAUAUGGCUGAGAUGUACCUAACAGAUAAGCUUGCUAAUCAGCGAGUUGGUGAAAUUUCAUCAAGAGUUAACUUGGAGAAUGAUGCAUCUGAGCAGGAGGAUGAUGGGGAUGAUGAGUUCAGAGUUGAGACAGAUAGCAGCCAUGAAAGUUUGGGAGUCUUCAAGCCUAAUAUUGAGGAGUUAGAGAUGCUUUUAGAAGCUUACUUUGUGCAGAUUGAUGGCACUCUUAACAAGCUAUCUCAUUUGAGGGAGUAUGUGGAUGACACUGAAGACUAUAUCAACAUUAUGCUGGAUGAAAAGCAGAAUCAGCUACUGCAAAUGGGAGUCAUGCUGAGCACUGCAACGGUGGUGACCACGGCUGGUGUCGUGGUUGUAGGUCUCUUCGGUAUGAACAUCGGCAUCGAUCUCUACAACGCGCCCUACCGCAAAUUCUGGGAGACAACUCUGGGCACCAUCAUCGGCUGCGUGAUCCUCUAUGUUCUAGCAAUUGGGUUUGGGAAGAAGAGUGGGCUGCUCCAGUGACAAGGAGAUUUUGUUUCGGUUUGCAACCGAGAAGAUCCUCAACAAUCUCAAUCCUGAAUGAUGUUUCCCCGAAAGUUUUCUCCCUUGAAAUGGAGUGCUGCAAAAGCCCUUUUUUACCUUAUUGACGACACUCCAAGCUCGACUUGAGUGCUUCUACCAUGACAAAGCUAUACUUAUUUCGCCCUUAUUCUCUGGUUAACACAAUUCUGACAACAAUUUAGUAAUUUUUCAGUUAUUUAGAUUGUUGAGGAUUCAAAUAUAGGUUUCUGCAAAGUUGCUGUAACUCUUUUUUCUUAUAAAACUCUUCACACUAUUUCUUCUA